AUGAUAUCACUUUGGAUUACACUGAUUGCACUGAUCAGUGGUAUAUCAGCUGCUGGUGAUGACGGUAGAUAUCAUCCCGAAAUAUAUGGUAAUCAAGGAAGAUAUAUACCAGAUGAUGCAGGACGUUAUAUUCACGUAAAUGUACCAUAUACUGGUGGAUUCGGUGAUAGAGGUGGACAAUACACUGGCGGAUAUGGUGAUAGAGGUGGACAAUAUACUGGCGGUUAUGGUGAUAGAGGUGUACCAUAUAAUGGUGGAUUCGGUGAUAGAGGUACACCAUAUAAUGGUGGAUUCGGUGAUAGAGGUACACCAUAUAAUGGUGGAUUCGGUGAUAGAGGUGUACCAUAUAAUGGAGGAUUUGGUGAUCAUGGUACACCAUAUGUACAUGUUGAAGGACCACAAUCUCCAUAUGUCCAUCAAAACAUUCCACCAGUACCAUAUGUACAUGUAGAAGGACCAACAGGACCGUCAGGACCAUCAGGUGGUAGAGGACCCGGAGGACCAGGAGGACCAAAGGGACCCGGGGGACCAAAAGGACCACCCGGACCACCAGGACCACCCGGACCACCCGGCCCACCAGGACCCGAUCAAGGACGUUACAAUUUCGAUAAAGCUCCUGGAAAUAAAGGACCUAAAGCACCAGGUACACCAGGCGGUGGUUAUGGAUACGGUCCACCAGGUAACAAGCCAACUCAAACUCAUGGUGGUGGUGUAAGCAUUAGUCCAGGAUCUUAUCCAAAACAAAAACAAGGUUAUGAAUAUAAAACACCAGCACCGGUUUAUAGCGAUCAAUUGUCCCCAAGAAUUCCACCAUCACCAAAACCAAAUUUAAUUGCUCCAAAAGAACCACAAGGUUAUAAUUAUAAACCACCAGCACCAGCACCACAAAAACCAAAACCUUUAACACCAAAGCCCGCACCAACGAAACCAGCUUCUAUUAAACCUCCAGCACCCAAGCCAGCAACUCAGCCACCAAAACCAAAACCAUUCUCAGGACCCGAUUAUUUACCGCCAUUAAAACCAGAAGUAAAAACACCAGCGCCAGCUACAAAACGUCCACCCCCGCCACCACCUAAACCGACACAAAAAUUGACACCACCUGCUCCAAAACCAACGCCACCAAAACCACCACCACCAAAACCCACACAACCAAAACCAAAACCAGUCAUUACAAAAGCCCCCCCAACAACACAUAAACCAACAUUCUCAGCACCAACUUAUCUACCUCCAAAAAAAUAA